UCUUUACAAUUUUUGUUUACAAAUAGAAGUAGUUGUAAUUUAAAAUAAUUUUAAAUAAUUACUAAGAGUUAAUAAUGUCUGAUGUGGAAGUCGAAGUGCCAACAUCGUUCAAGAAACGAAAUCUCAAAAACCGAGGUGGAAGAAAACGUAAAACAUCUAGUUCUGAAGAAAAAAAUAGUUCCGACUCCGAUGAGCCAGCCGUUGUUCUGCCGACAAAGAGACCUCAAAAAGCGAAUCCUAACAUACAGAGUACAGGAGGAGAGAAAAAACAAAGAGUUGAAAUUAACGAUAACAGCAGUGAUGAUGAAGAACCUAAAGUUCCAACUACAACGCUAUCAGUACAGCAGCAACGUGAAAAUGCAACGGCUACAUACGAACUAGACACAGAGAAGGAUAAAGACGCUCAGGCCAUAUUUGAAAAGGCACAAAAAAUCAAUGCCGAGCUAGAGGGACAAGCUGACGACAAGGUCUACAGAGGUAUAAAUAAUUAUGCCCAAUAUUAUAAGAAGCAGGACACGGCCGCCGGUAAUGCUAGUUCUGGUUUUGUGAGAAAAGGUCCCAUCAGAGCUCCGGCAAACUUAAGAUCAACUGUACGAUGGGACUAUCAGCCAGAUAUAUGUAAAGAUUACAAGGAGACGGGAUUCUGUGGAUUUGGAGAUUCCUGUAAGUUCCUGCACGACAGAUCAGAUUAUAAGCACGGUUGGCAGUUAGAAAUGGAGGGUACACAGGAAAAAGGGGGGGAUUCAGACUACGAGAUCCACAGUGACGAUGAGCUGCCCUUCAAAUGCUUUAUAUGUAGGGGGAGUUUUAAAGACCCUGUUGUCACCAGGUGUAAACACUAUUUCUGUGAGAAAUGCGCGUUAGAGAACUACAAAAAAAGUACAAGAUGUUUCAUCUGUAACGCUCAAACAAGCGGAGUGUUCAACCCCGCUAAGGAACUGGAGGCGAAGAUGAAGGCACGGGGUGAUAGUGGUGAUGAUGAUGAUAGUGAUGAUGAUUGAUGAUUAAAUUUUUUUAUGAAA